AAGCCGUGGUCCCAGCCGCUUUCUCCUGCCUCUCUGUCCUCCCGGGCUCCUCCAGCAGGAAGAGGGACUGUACAGGACAGGAGGGGUGGGGGUCCCACCUUUGAGCAUCCCGCCCGGGGAUCAGAACCGGUGCCUCUGUCUCUGACCUUCCUCCUGCCCUUCUCCGGCCCCCUCAAUGGGACCCUCUUCCAGCUCCGGCUUCUAUGUGAGCCGCUCAGUGGCCCUGCUGCUGGCUGGUCUAGCAGCCACCCUCCUGCUGGCGCUGGCCGCGCUCGCCGCCCUGUACGGCUACUGCGCGCGCGUCCCGCCGUCGGAGCUGGGUGGCCUCGGGGUUUCGGACGCCGCGUCCUCCCCUCCCGACAGGCAAGAGGAGCCGACCGGGACCCCGAAAUCUGGCCCCGCUGGUAAGCCGUCAGUGACUACUGCCCGUGACGACUGGCGACCCCCGGGACCCUGGGACCAUCUGCGCCUUCCGCGCUGGCUGGUGCCCCUGCAUUACGAGCUGGAACUAUGGCCCCGGCUGAGGCCCGACGAAUUCUCCAAGCGGUUGGACUUCAGCGGCCGAGUGAACAUCACGGUGCAUUGCAGGGUGGCCACCGCGCGAUUGCUCCUGCACAGCCUUUUUCUAGACUGCCAGCGCGCCGAAGUGCGGGGGCCCCUGUCUGCGGGCACUGAGGACGCCACCGUGGGCCGCGUGCCGGUGGACGACGUGUGGUUCCCGCUGGAGACGCAAUACAUGGUGCUGGAACUCGGUGAGGCCUUGCAGCCCGGUAGCCGCUACGAGCUGCAGCUCAGCUUCUCAGGUAUGGUGUACCAGGACACCAGGGAGGGGCUCUUCCUCAACGUCUACACCGACCAGGGCGAGCGCAGGGCCCUGCUAGCAUCUCAGAUGGAACCGACAUUUGCCAGGAAUGUUUUUCCUUGUCUGGAUGAGCCGGCUCUGAAGGCAACUUUUAAUAUUACAAUUAUUCAUCAUCCUAUUUAUGUGGCCCUUUCCAACAUGCCACAGCUAGGUCAGACUGAAAAAGAAGAUGCAAACGGAAACCAAUGGACUGUGACGACCUUUCACACCACACCCCGCAUGCCGACUUACUUAGUGGCGCUUGCUGUCUGUGACUGUGACCAUGUCAGCAGAACAGAAAGGGGUAAGGAGAUACGCAUCUGGGCCCGGAAAGAUGCCAUUGCAAGUGGACAUGCAGACUUUGCUUUGAACAUCACAGGUCCCAUCUUCUCUUUUCUGGAGGAUUUAUUUAAUAUCAGUUACCCUCUUCCAAAGACAGAUAUAAUUGCCUUGCCUAUUUUUGACAACCAUGCAAUGGAAAACUGGGGACUAUUGAUGUUUGAUGAAUCACUGUUGUUGCUGCAACCAGAUGAUCAACUGACUGGAAAAAAGGCUUUGAUCUCUUACAUUGUCUCCCAUGAGAUUGGACAUCAGUGGUUUGGAAACUUGGUUACCAUGAAUUGGUGGAAUAAUAUCUGGCUCAAAGAGGGUUUUGCAUCUUAUUUUGAGUUUGGAAUAAUUAACUACUUCAAUCCUAAACUCCCAAGAAAUGCGGUCUUUUUUUAUAACAUAUUACAUGGUGUCCUCAGAGAAGAUCACGCCCUGGUGUCUAGAGCUGUAUCCACAAAGGUGGAAAAUUUCACAGAAACAAGUGAAAUAAAUAAACUCUUUGACUUAUUUACUUACCACAAGGGAGCGUCUAUUGCCUGGAUGCUUUCUGGUUUCUUGAAUGAGCAUUUAUUUAUCAGCGCACUCAAGUCAUACUUGCAGACAUUUUCCUAUUCAAAUGCUGAGCAAGAUGAUCUAUGGAGGCAUUUUCAGAUGGCUGUAGAUGACCAAAGUAAAAUUCUUUUGCCAGCAACAGUAAAAACCAUAAUGGACAGCUGGACACACCGGAGUGGUUUUCCAGUCAUCACUUUAAACGUUUCUACGGGCGUCAUGAGGCAGGAGCCAUUUUAUCUUGGAAAGGUCAAAAAUCAGACUCUUCUCAACCCCAAUGACACAUGGAUUGUCCCUAUUCUUUGGAUAAAGAAUGGAACUGCACAGUCCUUAGUCUGGCUAGAUAAAAACAGCAAAGUAUUCCCUGAAAUGCAAGUUUCAGAUUCUGACCAUGACUGGGUGAUUUUGAAUUUAAAUAUGACCGGAUAUUAUAGAGUUAACUAUGAUAAAUUAGGUUGGAAGAAAUUAAAUCAACAGCUUGAAGAGGAUCAUAAGGCUAUUCCCAUUAUUCACAGACUGCAGUUGAUUGAUGAUGCAUUUUACUUGUCUAAAAACAAUUAUGUUGAGAUUGAAACAGCACUUGAUUUAACCAAGUACCUUGCUAAAGAGGAUGAAAUCAUAGUAUGGUAUGCAGUCUUGGUAAACUUGGUAACUAGGGAUCCUGGUUCUGAUGUGAACAACUACAAUAUAUACCCAUUAUUAAAGAAGUAUCUGCUGAAAAGACUUAACUCCACAUGGAAUAUUUAUUCAACUAUAAUUCUUGAAAAUGUGGCGGCAUUGCAAGAUGACUAUUUAGCUCUAAUAUCCCUGGAAAGAUUUUUUGAAACUGCAUGUUCGUUGGGCCUUGAAGAUUGUCUUCAGCUGUCGAGAGAACUCUUCAGCAAAUGGUUGAACAAUCCGGAGUAUGAAAUACCUUAUCCAAUUCAAAGUGUGAUUUUAUGUUAUGGCAUUGCCUUGGGGAGUGAUAAAGAAUGGGACUUUUUGUUAGAUGUGUACACUAACACAACUGAGGAAGAAGAAAGGAUUCAACUCGCUUAUGCAAUGAGCUGCAGCAAAGACCCAUGGAUUCUAAACAGAUAUAUGGAGUAUGCCAUCACCACAUCUCUGUUUGCUUUCAAUGAAACAAAUAUAAUUGAGAUUGUGGCAGCGUCCGAAGUUGGCCGGUACAUCGCAAAAGACUUCUUAGUCAACAACUGGCAAGCUGUGAGUGAAAGGUAUGGAACACAAUCGUUGGUUAAUUUAGCAUACUUAAUAGGGAGAACCAUAAGUACAGAUUCACAAAUCAUGGAGCUACAGCAGUUCUUCAGUAACAUGCUGGGGGAGCACCAGAAGACCACAGUACACGCCAAAUUACGGACAGUAAAGAACCAAAAUCUGAAAACCAAAAAGCAAAGCACCAGGAUAGCGGAGUGGCUGCGGAGAAACACGUAGCUCCUGGCUCCAUUCAGCACUCCUCGCGAGUAAUGUAACGCUGUUUACGUGCAGUUUUGUUUUCUAAUACACUGUGAGGCUGGAAAACCACAUGUUUCGUUAUUUGUAUUUCAGUCACAUUCAGUACUCCGAGUCCUGCUCUUCCCAACUGCCAUGUGUGGCCUGAGGCUUGGCGAUAGCUAAGGAGUUUGCCAACACUGCUGCAUUUCUGGGGAAGAUUUUGCAUCAUUUGGACUAUAAACCCACAGAAUUUACUUUAAGUGCCUUGUAAAAACAAAUU